AUGCCAGAUUUAAUCCAACCAACUGAACUUAAUCAUGAAUUGAUUGACUAUGCUUAUAAGAAUUUAAAUAACUUACCAAAAGGAGAAGAAUAUGAGAAAAUGAUUUCAUCUUUACCUUAUAACUGUUGGGAUAGUAAAUUGAAAUUAGCUAGAGAUCUUGGUCAUGAAAAUGCUGCUGAUUAUGGAUUGAUUCGUUUGAAAGAUUAUGAUUUCGAUACUAAAAGACAUAGUGAAGCCAGAUUGAAAUUCUUGAAAAAAAUCUUUGGUAAAAUAGAUGAUACAGCCUUUAUUGAACCUCCAUUUUUCGUUGAUUAUGGAUGUAAUAUUAGUAUUGGGAAGAAUUUCUAUGGGAAUUUCAAUAUUACUUUCUUAGAUUGUUCAUUAAUCACAAUUGGAGAUAAUGUUAUGAUUGCACCAAAUGUUUGUUUCACUACUGCUACACAUCCAACUGAUCCUCAAAAAAGAUUGGAUGUAGUGGAAUAUGCUUUACCUAUCACUGUAGGGAACAACGUUUGGUUUGGAUGUAACAUUGCUGUAUUACCAGGAGUUACUAUUGGUGAUGGGUGUGUCAUUGGAGCUGGUGCUAUUGUUAAUAAAUCACUUCCUCCUUAUUCCGUGGCGGUUGGAAAUCCUGCUAGAGUUAUUAGAACCUUAGAAUCUCUUGAAGAUAGGGCCAGUGCUAUCAAAGAAGUCAGUUAG